AGGAACUUGGCAUUUCCUGGUUGUACUGUUCAAAACAAACUAAACCACGUAUGCUAACAACGAAAUUCUCAUGUGAAGUUGCUGUUAUCUCGAUUGAAAGGACGAGCCGGUUUAAUUCUAGUGUACUAGUCUAUUUUUAUAGUGUAAACCGACAAUGAACAUGCAAUUUCAAGGAGUCAUGAGGAUUCUUUUACCGACGCUGUGGGCUAUUUCAACCAUCGCAGAGGAAAAAACGAAGUCGCCAACAACAACAGUCAUUACUGCUGCUGGCAUCACCAAACAUGUCAUGAAUUCGAGUGCCAAUAACGCCAGUAACACGACGUACAAGAACAAUCAUGCCAACCUUUUCGAUGUAGAUAGUUCAAUGAUACAAAGGGCCUUGUACGUCCUUAUUGGAAUCACCACCAUUGGAGUGCUCUAUUUCCUCGUGAGAGCUGUGCGGUGAGUAGAACAAGUUGAAGACAGACCAUUAUCUAUUGGUAGCAAUUGUUGCCUAAUUAGAGUUUUUUUUCACUUGAACUUUCAGUGUCAGUGUGUGUGACUUUUUAAUUAAUUAUGUUAUGUUUAGGCUGAAGAAAACAACAACCUCUAAGAAGAAGUAUGGGCUGUUGUCAAACUAUGAUGACAGUGUGGAGAUGGCUGUGCUGGAGAGUGAUGAGGAGGAUGACACUGUAUAUGAGGCCAGGUCCCUAAGAAGGUGAGUGAGAUCCUAUGACAGGUAGGUGCAUCGUCCACUCAGUGUUACGCAUCGUAUACAAAUCCCAUUCCUUUGCAAGUUUGCAUUGUAAGUUUGUACGACACUGAGACUAGAGAUUGCGAAAGUGCAAAUACAAGAACAGUAGGCCUACCUCAAAUAACCUUAAAGGACAGUUGUUCUUAUGUACCAUCCAUAUUUAACUUGUUAUUGUGUGAAAAUGUGCAGUGAAUCAGUUUCACCUUUAAACCUUAGCGUCAUCAUUGAUUUAUUUAACUUGUGCACUGUUUGUCUUUGUCUUGUCUUUAUCAGAUGAGUCUGGGUCUUGUCAAAUAACACUCAGUGGACUGGGGAAUGAAUGGAGACAUUCCUAAGGUGCAUUUUUCAACCGUUAUUAUGGCAUAUUUUUGUUUUUCUUAUUCUCUUGGACCUGAAAAAAGGAAAACUGGCUUUCAAAAUGACUGAUCUAUCCUCCAAUGAGCAUUUAUUUUGUCUAGCUGCCUGGGUAUGAAAAAGACAUGGUGUUUUUGGUGACAAACAAACUUACCUUUGAUUCUAUCUAUGAAGAGGAGGAAAUAGGAUUUGUAACAUAACAGGAGUCUAAUGCCAAAGUCACAAAGUUGCUUAAGUGAAUGUGAGCAGGAUAAUUGUUCAAAUCUCCCUCUGCCCACCUUGAACUGUGCAUAACAAACAACAACAAACAACGAAAGAUCUCUUCUAAUCAUCAACACGGAUCCUCAAUUUCCUGGUCGAUGUGGUGUUGCCAAGGUUUUUUUUCUUAUUUUUAAAUAUUUUUUUAGUCAUUUAGUAGACGCUCU